AUGGAAAUCAGGACACCAAAAAUCCUUAUCGUCGGCGCAACCGGUCGGACGGGAAGCGCAACGAUCGCAGCCCUCGCCUCAGCCCCAAACCGGCCCGCAAUCCUCGCCCUCACCCGCUCCCCGUCCUCCCCCAAGUCCCAAAACCUUCUCAAAUUAUUCCCCGAGUACUCAUCAUCGCCACCAUCAUCAUCGUCGCCUCCCAUCACCCUCGUCCAAGGAACGCCCGAGAACCCAGCACCAAUCCUCGCCUCCCACCCAGACAUAACGGCAAUUUACCUCGUGACCGUGCCGCCCGCAGACGAAGCGCAGGCCAUACCCUUCAUCGACGCAGCAAUAUCCCACAAGAUCCCACACAUUGUCUUCUCGAGCGUCGACCGCGGCGGCGACGAGCGCUCGUGGGUGAACCCGACGUCCGUCCCGCACUUUGCGGCGAAGCACCGCGUCGAGAUAUACCUCCGCGACACGACGCGCGGCACGGCGACGGCGUGGACGAUUCUCAGGCCCACGGGGUUCAUGGACAACUACCACGCCUCGGCGGGGGCCCUGGGCGCCGUGAUGGGCGGGCUGUGGGCGACGAUGCCGGCCGGUCUGGGUGGUCGCAAGAUGCAGCUCGUCAGCGCGCGGGAUAUCGGGCUCUUUGCCGCCAGGGCGCUGAUGGAUGGUCCCGAUGGCGAGUGGGGUGGCAGGGCGCUGGGGCUCGCUGGGGAUGAGAUUGGUUUCGCGGAGGCGGCGGAGGUUUUUGAGAGGGUCGUUGGGCAGAGGAUGCCGAGGACGUGGGGGGUCGUUGGCAGGGCUGUGAGGUGGGCUUUUGAGGAUGCCGGGAAGAGCAUGGAGUGGUUCGAGGAGGAGGGGUACAAAGCUGAUGUUGAGAAAUUGAGGGGGAUGGAGCCGCGCUUGCAGAGUUGGGAUGCUUGGCUGAGGGAGAGUAGCGGGUGGGUAAAGGGGGACGAGGAAGCAAUGUGA